AUGUUAUUGGCCGAGCCAAAUGGUGUCAACUCACCAGCAACACUGUUUUUCGUUCAGUCCAGGAAAGGUUUGAUCAAAGUAUCUUUUACCUGGAUUGAGUCCGACGCAGUCCGAGGUUGUGAACGAGUGACACAUAAUCGAAGACUACCUGAGGCCUUGUCACGUGACGUGAAUGCAGAUCAGGUGCUAUAUAAAGCAGCGAGUUACGUCCUGGCACCAGUGCACGUCGGCAUUAACAUGAAUCUCGCGGUCUCUGUCCUCGCGCCCCUCCUUCUCGCGGCGGGCAUGUCCUGCGCGGCCCCGACCCCGGACUUUGGCCACGGGCACGGAGGAUUUGGCCACGGGCACGGAGGCUAUGGACUCGGACACAGGGGAUUUGGCCACGGGCACGGCGGACACGGGUAUGGCCACGGCUUCGCCACAUCCAGUCAGGUCUUCAACAUCGCAGGACCAACGGGUGGAUACCAUGGACACGGAGGCUUUGGACAUGGCCAUGGGGGCUUCGGGCAUGGUUUUGGACAUGGCCAUGGGAGCUUUGGCCACGGAAGCUUUGGGUAUGGCCAUGGACGCUAGGCCAUCAAUUAAAGAUAUUGUAAAAUUUUACUUUUAUAUUCAUAUGAUUAUUUGUUUCUCUUCUAAUAAAAGAUCUUAAUAUAGAGUAGUAUCGCCUGUUACUGAUGUUGAUCUUUU